GUUUGCGAAGGAAGAGAGAGGCCGUCGCUUUGUUACCUGCUGCGCGACGACGCCGCCAAGCCCUAGUAUCGAUACUAGCGCGGCGGGCGUGCAGGGGUCCGUGAGGCAGCCAGACCCUGCAAUUCACCUCUGGCACCUGCGCCACGCGCCCACAAACACGGAAUGAGCCGAGAAAGUCACGGCGCGUUUGUGGUCAUUCAAUUGGCCUGGUGUGCACGUACCGUCAUACGUUGCCAUCUUCCAACGACUUAGUCUGGCUCUAUAGCGAGCAGCGCGCUUUCUCGGUAUCCUAACGCAGGUUGAGGACCAUUAUCACCUCUCGACAUGGCCGAACAGCAGGCGCAAAGCAGCCUGGAGGACCAGCUGCGAAGCAUGAUCCUCACCAACGUCACCAUCGGCAGCACUCCGGAUUCAUCAAAUGCCCACAUGUCCAACCACCACCAGCAAAAUUGGAGGUCACGAGGUCGGGGAAGGGGGCGCGGACGGCCGUACGCACCUCGCGGAGGGAACUAUUGGGCUGGGACUGAGCAUCAACAUCGCGGCUUCCCCGCUGCACCGCCUGAGCAGAACAUGGCGCCCCAAUCCACGCCCAGGACACUUCAACGGCCGUACGAUAACGGAAACACCUUGAAUCUUGCGCAUUCUGCAGGACCCUCGCGACCAUACGGCCCGCAUGGACAUCCACCGCGCCGUGGUCAGACUAUGAGGAGUUCGUACGCCAAUGGAGGCUUUCAACAGCACCAAGUUUCAGAUCUCACGCUCCAGGCAGCUUACCUCGAUCACCUAGCUUCUCUAGAGAUACCGAAAGCCGAGAUCUCAAAGGAAGAGUACGAGGAAAAGGAAACCUUUAGGCAACAGCUGGAGGCGGUAUGCCAGAAGGAGUUCACCAACAAGUACUCCGGCGACAUUGCUUCCAUCAAGCUGGUCACUUUUGGCAGCAUAGCUUCCGGCUUUGCCACACCGGGGUCAGACAUGGAUCUCGCUAUAGUGCCACAAUGGAAAGACCCAACCAAGUCUCAGGAUUCGAGUAUCGACCGAGACAUUCCGCGUUUGCUGGAACGCGCCGUCCUCGACGCAAAGAUGGGUGGACGCCUUCUGACUAGAACACGUGUGCCGAUCCUGAAAGUAUGCCAAAAGCCCACCGAGGAUCUGUACAACGCUCUCUUUGAAGAACGCCAGAAAUGGGACCAAUUGCCCGAGGAAGAGCAGUACGCAGCUCCCGCCGUUCCUGGUGCUGCAGUCCAAAACCCAUCCGAGCCCCAGGAACAGGUCAACUCUCCACAGGUGAACGACUCGCAGAGUUUCCCCACGCUCGCAGAGGCCAAGGCAGUCAAAGGCAUCGCGCGAUCGGCUCCAAGCGCCAAAGUAAUUGAGCACGAUGAUGAAGGCAAAGCGGAGGUUUUGCAGGCACCAGUAUUUGACAGCUUUAAGGAAAACAAUGGGCCUAAAGAUAUUGCAGAUGCCGCUGACCCCUCGAAAAAUCAACAGCCUCGCGGCCCCAAGAAGUGGCUACGAGAGAGGAAAUCUGGCCCACUCGACUUUCCAAAGGUCGGUGUAGGAAUUCAAUGCGACGUCAACUUCGAGAACCCACUCGCAAUUCAUAACACCCAGCUACUCCGCUGCUAUUCUCUCACAGACCCUCGCGUACGCCCUAUGGUUCUCUUCAUCAAAGCCUGGGCCAAGCGCCGAAAGAUCAACAGCGCAUACUCUGGCACCCUCUCCUCCUACGGCUGGGUUCUGAUGGUCCUCCACUACCUUGUCAACAUGGCCAAUCCACCUGUCUGCCCAAACCUCCAGUCAAGCUGGCGCCCAACCACCACCAAAGCAGAAGACUUGCAGCAAAUCCUUGAGCAAACCACCGUCGGGGGCUACGCCGUCCGCUUCUGGCACGACGAACCCGCUAUCGUGCAGCUCGCCAGCGCUGGCCAGCUCAGCCGCAACACGCAGUCCAUCGGCGAGCUCCUGCGCGGCUUCUUCCACUACUACGCCUCCAUCCCACAGCCCAACCACUACGGUCAGAAGCACUGGUCCUUCUUCUGGGCGACGGAAGUGCUCAGCCUCCGGACGCCGGGCGGCAUACGCCAGAAAACGGAGAAGGGCUGGACCAAGGCCACAACGACGAUUUCGAACGGCAAGGAGGUCCGUCAGCGGUAUCUGUUCGCUAUCGAGGACCCGUUUGAGCUAGAUCACAAUGUCGCGCGCACGGUUACACAUGAUGGUAUUGUGGCUAUACGCGAUGAGCUUCGCCGCGCGGGACGCAUACUGAAUUCUGUCGGGAGGGGACAGGCGCCUGAGGGUGGCUUGUUCGAUGAGGUGGUGGAACAAGCGCCGCCGGUGAUGCCGAACAAGACCGAAGAUGGGUCUGAGACAGCGGCGCCGGUGGCAGAGGGAGCUGCUGGCGAGACUGAUGGUGGAGCUGACAAAAGCACAACGCCCGCUGCAACAAAUUAUGCUGCACCUGGUUGUGGUACGGGUUGAGUCAGACAUGGAAUUUGAGGGAUGCCACAAGGACCUCCUCAGAUGAAAGAGGAGAACAUCGCAUAGCUUGCAGUGCAUGAAAGCGUUGCGAUGACGGCCAAAUCAUGAUGAUGGGGAGUUACAGGGGAGCGCGUACAUAGCUUAUGUUGGACAACACAGCACGGCCAUCACGGGAAGGAUUGUGUACGAAGAACAGCUCUCGAAGCAGCUCGGUAUCUGAGUAUAUGUCAUGUGCAUACCUAUAAGAUCGAACCGCAAAAAAAAAAAAAA